AUGGUUAUUGAUCAGAUGAACCCGUUUCUAUACAAAGCAGCGGUGAAAGGCAAUGUUGAAGAUUACCAUGAGGCCUUACGGCAGAUGCCGGAAGAAGAAGCUCGCCGCCGUCAAGUUACGCCCAAGGGCAAUACUGUACUGCACGUUGCGGCGAUCCAUGGUCACAAACAUUUGGUGGAAGAGAUCCUAAAAGAAGUAGAGGAUGAUGAUGCAGUCAUGUCCCUGUUGUUUGCCAAGAACAACAGAAAUCAAAGUGUGCUACACUGUGCAGCAGAGAAGGGCUAUAGCCGCAGAUGUGAAGGACACGGCUUUGCACAAGGCCGUGCGAAUGGGGUAUUUGAAGGUGGUAAAGUUAUUGGUUGGAGAGGAUCUGAAUUUGAGUACCCUGCCAACGAUGACGGAGAGACGCCCAUUUACAUAGCAGCAGAGUUGCAAUUUCAUGACUGCUUGGUGGAAAUGCUCAACACAUGCAAAAAGCCUACCUAUGAUGGACCACUGGGUCGCAAUGCUCUCCAUGCAGCUAUCAUAUCAGGUCUUGGCAACAUUUUGAUCAAAGUAAAAAGCACUCAAGAGUUUAUUAGCUUAGAAUACACGCAAUCACUGUUGGAAAAGAAUAUAUGUUUAUGCAAAGAAAUUGAUAAGUCUGGUUGGACACCACUACAUUAUGCCAUAAAAAUUGAGAAUGAUAAAGCUGCUCACAUGAUACUUGAGAGAAAAACAUCUGCAGCGUACAUUUGUGGGGGGACAGUGAUGAGUGGACAACAACAUUCCACAUAG